AUGACGGGCUCUGACUUUACGAAUGUGUCCAUUCUUGGAUCAGAGACAAUCAUGGUUGGACAGCACUUGACGUCGCAUAUUGCUCAAACAGUUGUAACAACCAUUCCCGCAUCAUCGUACAUAGUGGUCACCGAUAAGAACGUGGCUCCAUAUCAUCUCGCAACACUAACGAACGAGCUGCAAGCCGCCAUCCAUCAGAAUGUCGCCAAGGGAAACGCCAUUGCUCGAAUCCUGACAUACAUUUUACCUCCUGGUGAAGCUGCCAAAACUCGUGAAGUGAAGGCACAGAUUGAAGACUGGAUGUUGGAGCAACGAUGUACACGAGACUCAUGUAUUCUUGCGCUGGGAGGUGGUGUUAUUGGUGACAUGCUAGGUUUUGUCGCAGCUACAUUCAUGCGAGGAAUACCAUUUGUACAAAUCCCAACCACAUUAUUAGCUAUGGUAGAUUCAUCUAUUGGGGGAAAGACAGCUGUCGAUACCCCUGCUGGAAAAAAUCUCAUUGGAGCCUUCCAUCAACCCAAACGUAUAUUCAUAGAUGUCGACUAUUUAAAAACUCUACCUCAUCGAGAAUUCGUCAAUGGCAUGGCUGAAGUCAUCAAAACUGCUGCUAUAUGGGUCGAAGAAGACUUUGACUUGCUGGAAAAUCAUCCUGAAGAAGUUAUGGCUUUUGCUAAUACAAGCAAGUCGUCAGUGAAAACGGAUACAACACUACUGAAACGUGUCAUUUUGGGCUCAGUCAAAGUGAAGGCUCAUGUAGUCACAGUAGAUGAAAAAGAAACAGGCCUCCGCAAUCUCCUGAAUUUCGGUCACUCGAUUGGACACGCCAUGGAAGCUAUUCUUGCUCCAAAUAUAUUACACGGUGAAUGUGUCUCUAUGGGUAUGGUCCGAGAAGCAGAGAUUGCCAGACAUUUAGGCCAUUUGUCUGAAGUGGCUGUCGGUCGACUGGUACGAUGUUUACAGUCCUACGGCCUCCCAAUAUCGCUGGAAGAUAAAAAGGUUCUUGAACGUGCCCCAGGAAAGCAUUGCAGUGUUGAUCAACUACUAGAUAUAAUGAGAGUCGAUAAAAAGAAUCAAGGAGAUCAAAAGCGAAUCGUCAUGUUGGCUGGUAUUGGUAAAUGCUGGGAGCCACGAGCCACGUUUAUACCUGAUGUAGUCAUCCGAAAAAUAUUAUCACCUGCCAUACGAGUACAGCCACCUAGUAUAACAGGAUCAGAGCAUUAUAGCUUGGCUGUGCCUGGCUCAAAAUCUAUAUCAAAUCGAGCAUUAGUCUUCGCUGCUCUAGGUCAAGGCACAUGUCGAUUACGUGGCCUGUUACAUUCAGACGACGUGCAGGUCAUGCUGGAUGCACUACAGAAGCUAGUAGGCAUUACCUAUGUAUGGGAGGAUAAUGGUGAUACGCUGGUCAUUCAAGGAGGUGGUGGUCAAUUACGAGUACCAGACUCGGAAAUAUAUUUAGGAAACGCUGGAACUGCAUCUCGUUUCCUCACUACUGUAUGUGCACUGGUUAAAACUCCAGGAAGCAAUCGUGUCUCUACCAUCGUCACAGGAAAUGCUCGAAUGAAACAACGACCUAUUGGACCUUUAUUUGAUGCAUUGACUGCAAACGGUGCUAAUGUCAAGUAUCUAGAAUCAAAGGGUUCACUCCCACUAGAAAUCACACCUGAUGGCCAUGGUCUGAAGGGCGGUAUCAUCCACUUGUCUGCUGAAAUCAGCUCGCAAUAUGUAUCGUCUAUUCUCAUGUCAGCUCCAUACGCUGAAAACGCAGUCACACUCAUAUUGACGGGUAAUGCUGUUGUAUCUCAACCUUAUAUCGAUAUGACGACAGCCAUGAUGGAAUCCUUUGGUAUCAAAGUCACCCGAGAUCCAUCCAACAAGAAUGUAUAUUAUAUUCCUAAAGGAGUCUACAAAAACCCAUCCGACUAUUUAGUUGAAGCUGAUGCCUCAUCCGCCACUUACCCUCUCGCUUUUGCUGCUAUAACUGGUGUAACUGUAACAGUGACGAACAUGGGAUCGCAGUCACUGCAGGGUGAUUCAGAAUUUGCCACUAAGGUUUUGGGAGCCAUGGGUUGUCAUGUCAAGCAAACAGCCUCAUCAACAACAGUGAAAGGCCCUACAACACUGUCGCCCAUUCCAUCUAUCGAUAUGGAGUCUAUGACUGAUGCGUUUUUGACAGCUAGUGUCUUGGCCGGUGUAGCAGCACCACAUUACGGCUCGAACGUUACUCGUAUAACUGGUAUAGCCAAUCAACGAGUCAAGGAAUGUAAUCGUAUAGCCGCCAUGGUUGAACAACUUGCCGAAUUCGGUGUCGAUGCAUCAGAAUUACCAGAUGGUAUAGAAAUCCAUGGCAAGGAUCGAACACUACUACAUGCACCUAAAUCAGGAGUUAAAUGCUAUGAUGAUCAUCGUAUUGCCAUGAGUUUUAGUGUCUUGGCAUGUGCACUCAACCCAACGCAUCAAAGUGUCAUAAAAGAAAAGAAGUGUGUUGAAAAGACUUACCCUACAUGGUGGGAUACUCUUGAAAAUAUCAUGAAAGUACCACUGGUUGGUAUUGACAUGCACGAAGCUACCGAAUCAUCUACUCCCGCAUUGGCCAAAGUACAAGCAAAUGGUCUGACAAAUGGUACUUCCCAUAAUUACCUUCAACAUGCCACAACAGUCAUAAUUGGUAUGCGAGGAGCUGGAAAGACACAUCUAGGUCGCUCUUUAGCUGCAUCAUUACAACGACGUUUUAUCGAUAUGGACGAUUACCUGGAAUCGGCUUUAGGUACCACCAUUCCUCAAUUAAUAGCAGACAAAGGAUGGACUGAAUUCAGACAACAGGAAACCAAAUUCUUGGCCCAAGUUCUUGAAGAACAGCCUACAGGAUUGGUUAUUGCAUGUGGCGGUGGUAUAGUUGAAACACCAGCUGCUCGAGAAACGCUCAAGAAAUGGAGUGGAGCUGGUCAAGCAGUCAAUCACCGACGAGGGCAUGUCAUACACGUAAAACGAGAUAUGAGUGACGUAGUUGCGUAUCUCAAUAUUGACAAGACUCGACCAAUGAUUGGUGAAGAUAUGAUGGUAGUGUGGGAUCGUCGUAAAGGAUGGUAUGAUGAAUGUUCAAGUGCUGAAUUCGUCAUUGUGAAGCAUCCUAUAGUACCGUCGUCAUCUGGCAGCAUGGAAGUUGAUUCUGAUGACUCGUAUUGGACAAAGGUAGAACGUGACUUGACUCGAGUCGUCCGAUUUAUCACAUCAACACCAACACACCCUACUUCCACCACCUCCUUCUUCGUUGCCUUGACAUGUGGUAAUGUACGAGAUGUCGCUGAUCGAAUCGACCGUAUAACAGAAGGUUCCGAUGCCGUUGAAUUACGAGUAGAUUUGCUGAAAUCCACUGAUGUCGAAUAUGUGGCCGAGCAAGUAGCAUUACUUCGACGUAUGACUGAAUUACCCAUCAUCUUCACUGUACGAACCAAAACGCAAAAUGGUGCCUUUCCCAAUGAUAAAGCUGAAGACAUGUUUGAUUUAUUGAAUCGAGCAGUCAAAUGGGGAUGUGAAUAUAUAGAUCUAGAAGUAGAAGAUAUGCAACAGCCGGCUCGUAAACGCAUGACUGAACGAUUGAUUGCCAACAAGGGACCAGCUCAUAUUAUUGCUUCCUACCAUGAUGUUACCGGAACAGCUACUUGGGAAGAUUUGACUGCCGUGACAGGAUAUGGAUCUGGCCUAGGAACUACUUCAAGCAGCCGUAAUAAAAAAGCUGGUGUCUCUAUGCGAGACAAGUAUAUUGAAUUGCAUCCAUACGGAGAUAUAGUGAAACUAGUGGGCACAGCCCAUGAUAUGGAAGACAACUAUAGUUUGCAACGAUUUUUAAACCGUAUUGUAACAUCAUUGGGGCUUCGACCAUCCAAACCCAUAAUAGCCAUAAAUAUGAGAAAAGUUGGGCAAUUAUCACGAGUCCUUAACGAAUAUUUGACACCGGUCACUCAUUCAGCAUUGGCAGUUGCUGCUGCACCAGGUCAACUGACGAUCACAGAACUAAAUCAAGCUCGAUCGUUAUUGGGAUUAUUGGAUGCUAAAAAAUAUUACCUGUUUGGAGCUCCGAUAAAGCAAUCCAUGUCACCCACCAUUCAUAAUACAGGCUUCCAUACUCUUGGUCUGCCGCAUAAAUAUGAACUCUCUGAAAGUCCGGAUUGGAGACAUGUACAGACUAUAGUCACUGAAGGAUUGGCCAAUGGUACUUUUGGUGGUGCUAGUGUCACAAUACCGCUGAAAGAAGAUGUAGUCAAACAUGGUAUCGUGCAACGUACUACGGCAGCAGCUCAAAGCAUUGGAGCAGUCAACACUCUUAUGGUUGAAACAACAAGUGAUGGCAGCAAGAUUGUAGUAGGUGAUAACACAGAUUGGAUUGGUAUCAAGAGAGCACUCCAAGCCCGUAUGCCAUCGUUACUACCAAAUCAACCUAUAAUCGGAGUCGUGGUUGGAGCAGGAGGAACAGCUAGAGCUGCAUGUUUUGCCCUGAAAUCCAUGAAUGUGACUGAAUUGCGACUAUGGAAUCGAACUGGUGCACGAGCACAAGAUUUAGCCUCUGCAUUUGGUGGACGUGCUAUGCAACAAUUAGACUGGUGUCUUGCUCCAUAUAACAAUAGUAGUGUUAAUGCUCCACCACCAUUGUACCUUGUCGUAGGAACGAUCCCUGCACCUGCGCAAUCCCAACUCCCAUUCAACGAUAUGUAUAAUAGUGCUGCUGCCGGAUGUACUGGAGUUGUAGUAGAGAUGGCAUAUCGACCUCGUGAUACCCCAUUGUUGAGUCAAGCAAGCAGGAAUUUUGUGACUUGUGAAGGGAUUGAAGUGUUGAUUGAACAAGGGCUGGAGCAAUUCGAGAGGUGGACUGAACGUCAUGCGCCACGUGCUGCUAUUACUGCUGAAGUUAUGGCACGAUACUAA